AUGGUUUAUACAAGAAUCACAGGCUUCUUCUCUCCUAAGAGCAUUUAUCCACUAGCAGCACCAUCCAGCUCAGAGAAAGAAUGGAUCUUUACACUCUGGACAAGCACAACUCCUCCAAGACCAAUAUUAUGUAAAAUGCCACACUCUUGCUACAUGAGCCUCAAAAUGGAACCAAUAUUCAGAGACAGUAUAUACGAUAUCAGUGUUUGGGGCUACAUCCUGAAAUACGGUAGCGACAGAUGUUUGGAGAGCCGUACUUUGGGUACAAAUACCUUGGUACUGAUGACCGUAUACACCGAACUUAAGCCCAAGCGCUGUAUGCUAACGGCCAUGUUAUUGAUCAUGCGAAAUCCAAUGCCCACAAUCCACUGUGUCGAGCGAGUACCCGAUAGGAAGACAUUGACCGUAAUUGUCACCGUCAAGGUUGCUGUGCGUAUAUCAAAGGAAUCCAAUCCAAGAUCAGUGUCUUCAACACCUGUUAUGAUAUAUGUCAUUCUUUCGGCACCAGAAAACAAAAUGACACCUUCCCCUUCCUCCUUGCUACCACCAGCACUUCUGCCAUUACCAUCACUGCAAACACCCAGAUUUACACAUUUACCAAUCAUAAAAUCAGCAACAAAACCUUCGGCACUAUUUACACUAUGGCCUGUUACUCGUAAAACUACCAAAGAAUACCAAUUUAAAAGAAAAUCGCAUAUAUAUUCAAACAAUACUGGCUCAAGAGUAAUCAUUAAAAUUCAAGAGAAUGACUAG